AACUCGCCCAUAGAUGAGGAGAUCUUUAUUCCCGAGUCUCUUCUGGCAGCCGCCACCGCAAGCGAAUCCUGGUCACAGAGUCCCCAACGAGAGAUUCCCCGUCAACUUCGAAGUGGUGUACCUCCGAAUGAGGUGCGCGUACACAAACGAAGACAGACCACCACCAGUUGGCCGACUGCAGUCCAGAAUGACACGGCAUCUCACUCGGUAGGCCGUCCCUUGAGCACUAAUGUCCAGAGAGGCGACGAGAUAUACCCGUUGUAUGAGGAUUGUGUGGUAGUGGAGACCCCCAAAGGGCCUCAGGCGGUCCCUCAUUCAGCGGCCGAUGGCCCUAUCCCCGUCUCCGAGCUUCCAAGUUACCCCGUCGCAGAGCUACCAAGUCAUCCAACCCCACCACCCAAAGCACGCACAGCUCGAUACUCGCUCGACGGUAACGGUAUUCUCAACAAAUUCACAGUGUUGUCUCCAUUCCCACUACGCCAGACUAUCAACGCCGCGGUCGAAAGAGCCCGUGACAGCAGUCUUGGGACGUUGUACGACAAAGCCAAUCUUGUCCAAAUCAAGCAUCAACGCAGAUAUUGGGCUCGGAUGCUGAUCGAAUAUGGAGCAUAUACCAUACUCCUCUUAUUUGUCUACUUCGUGCUUGUGGGUCAACCUCUAUGGGGAGGGGCUAUCUAUUGGCUAUACUGGGUAAUGCGCAACAAAUUCGUUUUCCAAGGUGGAUGGGCCAUUGUCAUCAGUCUAGUGAUCUUCUACUCGUUUGCACCGCUGUUGACUCUCUUCGAGAAGGAUCUUCCCGACCCCGAGUACUAUAGAGAUCGUAACAUUACCCCGGGCGCCCCGGACACAGCCCUCUUGAUCCCCUGCUACAGAUCAGCACCAGUCAUUGGGCAAACGCUCGAGGCCGCACUGAAAAUCUUCCCCGCAUCGCAUGUGUAUGUUAUUGCGAACGGAGACUCCACCAACCCGUUGGACAAUACGGAGGAGAUUUGCCGUCGCCACGGGGUCAAUCAUAUCUGGUGCCCGGUUGGAUCCAAGAUCAUCGCUCUUUUUGUCGGUUGCUACGCGGCCAAAGUCUUUCGUUAUGUGCUCCUCACUGACGACGACUGCAUUCUUCCUGCGAACUUUCCUGUCGCCAUCUCUCGAUUGACUGAUAACGUGCGUUGCGUGGGCUACACGAUCAAGGUGGUGGGCUCCGAGUCAUCCAAAGGCACCUACUGCCAGCAAGCUCAGGAUCUCGAGUACAAGCUCGCCGGGCUGCAGCGCACCUUUGCCGGUCGCAUCGGCAGCGCCACCUUUCCCCACGGGGCAAUCUCGCUCUGGGAGCGGGCAUUCCUCAAGGAUACGCUUCAAGAUCACCCGGGGUUCUCAAUCAGCGAAGACUGGUUCUUGGGCAACAGCUGUCGACGACUAGGCGGACGGAUCAAGAUGUGCAGCAUGAUUUUCGUGGAGACUGCGGCUCCGCCUGCCUUUCUCUGGGUCGACAAGGACCAGAGCCGAGGCGGCUUUGGGGAGAUGACCGUCUUCAAGCAGCGAUUCCUGCGCUGGAACUUCUUCAUCGUCAACGGCAUGCGAUACAACCUGGCCUACAUUUUUGGUUCUUGGAAGCUGGGCCGCUGGGAGAUUGGCGCGAAGAUUUUUGUUAUGCAAGAGGUGUACGAAACCGUGCUGAGCAUUCUCGCACCAUUCAUCCUGCCCAUAUCGUUGGUCGUGCGGCCUUCAUUCUGCAUUAGUCUUCUGAUGGCGACCCUAGGACUGUAUCUACUGAACGCCGUGCUCUUCAAUGAGAUACACCUUCGACUGAAGAAAGAACGCGUGAGCUGGAAGGUCAUCGUUGCAUACUAUAUGCCCUACAAAAUGCUCAUCGCCGUGAUCAACGUGAUCAGCUGCUACUGGUCUCUGAUCAAGUAUGCGAAGUAUUUUGCGCAACGCCGACCGAAGCUGAUCGAGGAUCACAAGGCGGUAGGGAUUGUGCUGAAGCUGGAGGAGAUCCGACGACAUCAGCAGGGCGGACUUGGGCGCAGUAUGACCGUCCGUACGGUCGGAGUGCGC